ACCUUGCGCCUCUGAGACGUCGAGUGGGAACGCCCUUGUGCUAUGAGCCCCUUUAUAUUUAUUGAUUUAUAGGGCUCGGUAACGGAACUCCAUCCAUCCUGGGGCUCUCUCUCUCUUUCUUCCCAAACCAAAUACCACACGGACACGGCACAUAAAGUCAUCCAUGGAGUCCAAAAUACUGUCUUGUGGAAUUCGGCUGUCGAGCUUACCGGAGAGUUACGUGAGACCAAGAUCCAAGAGACCUAGGCUCUCGGAGGUGAACUACUGUGAAAACGUUCCGGUGAUCGACUUGGCCAGUGCAGACAAGUCCCAAAUAAGCCGCCAAAUCGGAGAUGCAUGUCGUUCUUAUGGCUUAUUCCAGGUAAUCAACCACGGAGUGGGUUCAGAGUUGACGGAGAGAAUGCAAGAGAUGGCGCAAGAGUUCUUCGAUCUACCGGUGGAUGUGAAGAUGAAGUAUUAUUCCGAUGAUCCAUCAAAGACGAUGAGGCUAUCCACAAGUUUCAAUGUCAAGAAAGAGACGGUCCACAACUGGAGAGACUACCUUCGACUCCAUUGCUAUCCCCUCCAAGACUACGUCAACGAGUGGCCUUCUCAUCCACCUUCUUUCAAGGAAGUGGUGAGCACAUACUGUGGGGAAGUUCGACGACUUGGCUUCAGAUUACUCCAAGAAAUAUCAGAAAGCUUAGGUUUAGAAAGGGAAUAUAUGGAGAAGAUGUUGGGUGAACAAGGGCAGCACAUGGCCAUAAAUUACUACCCACCAUGUCCAGAGCCGGAGCUGACUUACGGGUUGCCGAGCCAUACAGACCCGAAUACCAUUACCAUCCUUCUUCAAGACCCAAAUGUGGCAGGCCUGCAAGUGUUAAAAGAUGGCAACUGGCUUGCCGUCAAUCCCCACCCAAACGCCUUCGUCAUUAACAUCGGCGAUCAGUUGCAGGCACUGAGUAAUGGACGAUACAAGAGUGUAUGGCAUCGAGCCAUAGUGAACUCCGACAAGCCAAGGAUUUCGAUAGCUUCCUUCCUCUGCCCUGCUAAUGAUGCGAUCAUUGAACCAGCAAAAGAAGUGGCCGACGAUGGAUCCCAAGUCCGGGCCUUGUACAGAACCUUUACUUAUGCUGAGUACUACAACAAGUUUUGGAGCAGGAACUUGGACCAAGAACAUUGUCUUCAACUUUUCACCAACUGAAAAAAAUAAAAAAAUAAAAAAAUAAAAAAUAAAUAUCUGUUACUUGCAGAGCAUGUUUGAUUUAUGCGUGUGAUGUCCAGUUGAUUUUAGUAGGUAUUUAAUUUAUUAUGUGUCUAUGCAACUUUGUUGUAUGUGCUUCAUGUUUGUAUGUGGGUAGGAGUUAUUGUUACGGUAGAGGCUUUAAUAGUUAUGUAACUUAAUAUGAUAUCUAGUACGUUUAUAAUUUGUUUGGUUAGCCUAUUUAAUAGGCACAAGUAGAAUUAAUGGAUAUGAUUGGAAGUUGCAAAAGUUCUUAUUUUCUUUCACAAGAAAAGAGAUUUGGCUACCUCCAAAUAGAUCGGGACAUUGUGGCUUCUUCUUAUAAAUCCAAGAGACAUGCACCUCCAAAUUA